AUGGAAUUAUCAAUUUCCAUGAUGAAUCAUGGACUAUCUUUCAAUCAAUCAUCUUCAUGUAAAUUUAUAGAAUCACUAAAACAUCCAUUAAUUAAUGAAUUUUCAAAUUCAAUAAAUCCAUGUUUUUUAGCAUCCAUAUUAAUCAUAGCAACAACAUUAUUUAUAUUUGGUUCCUUGAUACAACUUUAUAUUUUAUUUUUUCAAAAUUAUUAUGGAAAUCUUAAAAUUAAAUAUAGUUUUGGUUAUCCUUUUAAAAUUAAAAGUGUUGGAAUUUUUCAAAUUUUAAAAUUAAACUUGGUUGUUUGUCAAUUGAUUUUGAAUGGAUUGUUACUUUUAUGGAUUCAACACUGGAGUUUGUUGUCAAUUGGGUUGAUUGCGAAUUUCUUGCUACUUGGAUUUAUUAUUUUACCUUUUCAUGUUGUUGAACCUUUAAGAAGUGCAGUAUCGUUAGUUUCUUUAUCAUUGUAUUGGGGAUUUCAAAUAAUUUUUAAUUUAAUUAUAACUAUUCAAGAUAUAACAUCAGAAUAUAAAAUCAUCAAUACCACUAACAACAAUUUCCUCGAAACUAUUGAAUUUUGUCUUUUAAUUAAUUCAAUUUUAAUUUUAAUUUUUGAAGUUGGUUUAUAUUUACCAAGUUUAGAAUUAAAACAAUAUUUUGAAUUAAAUGAUUGGGAUAUUGAAACUAUUCAUAAUUUUUGGUCAGAAAUUACAUUUUUAUGGUUAGAUUCUACAAUUAAUCAUAUAUAUGAAACAAAUUCAAUUGAAGUUAAUCAAACUCCUCCUUUAUAUAUUGAUUUAAAAUGUAAUUCAACUUAUUCGGAAUUAGUUAAACGGUGGAAUGAAGCAAAGGCAAAAGAUCCAGAAAAUGUUUCAUUACUUAAAAUUUAUAUUCAAACUUAUUUUUGGGAUUUUAUUAAAAUGUUAGGUUUGGAUUUAUUAACAGUUUUAUUCAAUUUAGGUCAAGCUUUCUUACUUCAACAAUUUAUUAUUUAUUUUGGUAAUGAAAAGAAACAACCAGCAAUAGUUGGAUUUUCAAUUGCAACUGGAAUUUUCAUAUGUGCAACUUGUAGAUUUACAUCACUUUAUAGAUUUGCAGAAAUUCAUUUUAGAAUUAGAACAAGAGUUUAUUCAUCUUUAGGAACAUUUGUUUAUCAAAAAGCUAUAGUUUUAUCAUCUGAAGCAAGAAAAUAUAAAAAUACUGGUGAAAUUAUAAAUAAUUUAGCAGUUGAUGUUGGGAAAUUAGCAAUGUUAGCAAUGUAUGUUUUUGUUUUUAAUUUCCCAAUAAGACUUACAAUAAGUUUAUUAGCCCUUUAUAAACUACUUGGAAUAUCAGCAUUUUUAGGUUUCAUCACCGCAGUGAUAAUGGUUCCAUUAAGUUCAAAGGUAAGUACAUCAAUUUCAAAAUUAGUUAAACAAAAUAUGAAAAUAAGAGAUGAAAGAACAAAAUUAACUUCUGAAAUUUUACAAUCUAUCAAGAGUAUAAAAUUAUAUGCAUGGGAACAACCAAUGUUAAAAAGAUUAUUUAAAAUUAGAAAUGAAAAAGAAUUAGUUAUGGCUAAAAAAAUUGGUAAAUUUAAUGCUUUUUCAAUGUUUUUAUGGAAUACUAUACCUUUUGCUAUAACAAUAACUUGUUUAAUUACAUUUGUUAAAAUUAGUAAAAAUGCUUUAAUUCCUUCAAUUAUUUUUCCAGCUUUAUCAUUAUUUGAUAUGUUGACUGAUCCAAUUUUACAAUUACCUGAUGCUUUAGUUGCAAUGAUUGAAGCGAAAAUUUCUUUCAGGAGGUUAACUGAUUUUUUCUUGAUGAAAGAUAAUAAUUCAAAAGUGAUUCAUGGAAAUAAUAAAUCAGAAGAAGCAGUUAUAAUUAAAGAUGCUACAUUAAAUUGGGAUAAAAAUACAAUUGCUUUGAAAGACAUCAAUUUAAUAGCGAAAAGAAAUCAAUUGACAUGCAUUGUUGGUAAAGUUGGAUCAGGUAAAACAGCACUAAUCAAAUCCAUUCUUGGUGAUGUCACUUUAUCAUCAGGUUCAAUUGAAGUUAAUGGAUCAAUAGCUUAUUGUGCACAACAACCAUGGAUUCAAAAUGCAAGUAUAAAAGAUAAUAUUUUAUUUGGACGUAAAUAUGAUCAAUCAUUGUACAAAAAAGUAAUUUCAAGUUGUCAAUUAAAACCAGAUUUAUCAAUUUUAUCUGAUGGUGAUCAAACUAUUGUUGGUGAAAAAGGAAUAUCAUUAAGUGGUGGACAAAAAGCAAGAAUUUCAUUAGCAAGAGCUGUAUAUUCAAAUGCUGAUAUUUAUUUAUUAGAUGAUAUAUUAUCUGCAGUUGAUGCUCAUGUUGGUAAAAAAAUUAUAAAAGAAGUUUUAAGUUUUAAAGGAAUGUUAGGCGACAAGACUAUAAUUUUAGCAACUAAUGCUAUAAAUGUAUUAAGAAAUUCAAAUGAAAUUGUUUUAUUACAAAAUGGAAAAAUUGAAGAAAGAGGUAGUUUUGAAGAAGUGAUGUCAAAUAAUGGAGAUUUGUCAAAAUUAAUUAAAGAGCAUAGUCAUGAUUAUGAUGACGAAGAUGAAGAAGAAGAAGAAGAAGAAGAAGAGGAAAAAGAAUUGGAGGAAGAGGUCAGAAAUGUUGAAACUCUUAAAACUGCUCACAUAAAAGAAAAAGCUGCAAAAGGAAAAGUUAAAUUAAGUGUUUAUCUUGAAUAUUUCAAAGCUUGUAAUUUUCCAAUGAUUUUUGUUUAUGUUUUUAUAUAUGCUUUAAAUGUUACAUUUAAUAUUGGUGCAAAUUAUGUUUUAAAAUAUUGGUCUGAACUUAAUUUAGAAAAAGGAUAUAAUACAGAUAUUACUUUCUUUAUAUCACUUUAUGCUAUAGCUGGUAUAGUAGCAGCUGCAUGUAUGUUAAUAGCUGCAUUAAUUAUGUGGAGUUAUUGUGUUUUAAGAGGUUCAAAAUAUUUUCAUGAUAAAAUGGCACAAUCUGUUUUAAGAGCUCCAAUGCAAUUUUUUGAAACUACUCCAAUUGGUAGAAUUUUGAAUAGAUUUUCUGAUGAUAUUAAUGUUAUUGAUCAACAAUUAAUUUGGUCUAUUUUAGCAGUUGUUGAUUAUGGAUUAUUAGCAAUUGGAGUUUUAUCAGUUGUUGUUUUCAAUUUACCAAUUAUGAUUAUUGUUAUAAUUAUAUUAUUUUUUGUUUUUAAUAGAGUUAGAGCAUUUUAUAUUCCUUCAGCAAGAGAAUUAAAAAGAUUAGUUAGUGUUUGCAGAAGUCCCCUUUUUUCACAUUUAUCAGAAUCAAUAAAUGGUGUUGAUACAAUAAUGGCAUUUAAUCAAGAUGAUAGAUUUAGAAAAGUUAAUAAUUUUAACACUGAUAAAUUUAUUAGAGCUCAAUAUACUUUAUUAUGUUGUAAUAGAUGGUUAUCCAUAAGAUUACAAAGUAUAUCUGCAAUUAUUGUUUAUGCUUCAUCUUUAUUUAUUUUAAGUACUUUAGGAACAAAACAUCAAAUUAGUGCAGGAUUAGUUGGGUUCAUUAUGGUUAAUGCAAUGAGUAUAAGUAAUGCAUUAAGUAUGAUAAUGAGAGGUUGGGCAGAUAUUGAAACAAAAUCUAUUUCAGUUGAAAGAGUUAUUGAAUAUUGUAAUUUAAAACCAGAAGCCCCGGAGAAAACUGAUGUUACACCACCACAAAAUUGGCCACAACAAGGAGUUAUUGAAUUUAAUAAUUAUUCCACAAAAUAUAGAGAAAAUUUAGAUAAUGUUUUAAAAAAUAUAACAUUUAAUAUAAAAUCUGGUGAAAAAAUUGGAGUUGUUGGUAGAACAGGAGCUGGUAAAUCAAGUUUAACAUUAGCAUUAUUUAGAAUCAUUGAACCAACUCAAGGUUCAAUAAUAAUAGAUUCUAUUAAAUCUGAUACAAUUGGAUUAUUUGAUUUAAGAAAUAAUUUAAAUAUUAUACCACAAGAUUCAAAUUGUGUUGAAGGUACAGUACGUGAAAAUUUAGAUCCUCUUGGUGAACAUACAGAUGAUGAAUUAUGGAAAGUAUUAGAAUUAGCUCAAUUAAAAGACUUCAUAUCACAAUUAUCUACAAAAUCAAAUGAUGAAGAACAGCUAGGUUUAAAUGCAAUGAUUUAUGAAGGUGGGUCCAAUUUAUCAAAUGGUCAAAAACAAUUAUUAUCAUUAUCAAGAGCAUUAUUAAAAGAUACUAAAGUAUUAGCAUUAGAUGAAGCUUCGUCAAGUGUUGAUAAUCAAACUGAUCAAUUAAUUCAAGAAACUAUUAGAAAUCAUUUUAAUGAUAAAACUAUUAUUACUAUAGCUCAUAGAUUAAAUACUAUAAUGGAUAGUGAUAAAAUUUUAGUUUUAGAUCAAGGUGAAUUAAAAGAAUUUGAUUCACCUAAAAAUUUAUUAAAAGAUGAAAAUUCAAUGUUUUAUUCAUUAUGUGUUGAAGGUGGUGUUAUUAAAAAAUGA